AUGAUCUCGGACUGCGUCAGGUCAUUUCUCGCUUGCACACAACAGAAGAUCAUGUCGAGAGUUGAGGCAUUUAGGGAUACAAACCUCCGCUCUCUGCUGAGGGAGCUACGAACUGACAUUGCGAUGGCUGUGGAUGACCCUUUCCCCCUCGUCUAUGGUUUGGCGGACAAAAACAUAAUCACGGAGCAAUUUCUGAAGGACACCCUAGAAAAAGAGUCUAGAGAAGGGAUCCAUAAGGCCAUGUACUCCCUGGUGUCCUGGGUGUUGGAGCAGAGCAGAUCCACUGUCCAGGCCUUCCUGAACAACUUAUCCAAAGAAUAUAAUCUGGACAGUUACCCCAGACUACAGACACUGCUCACUAACUUGGUUUCCCGUAAGGAGACUGCAGGUUCCAAACAUGAAAAUAGACCAUCUGGAGGUCACAAAGUGCCACACAGUAAGAAGAGGAGCCAUGCGGACCGAGAGCGGUCGCAGUAUCAUGCCAAGACCACUGAUGGAGAAGGAAGUAAAGUGAAGCUCUACAAAGUGAAGAGUGAAACUCUGGGCUCCCAGCUGCCAUCCAAAAACAGUAUACAAACACCACCUUCCUCAAUCCAGAGAGGAAUCCCCCAGCCCGCUUCUUCCUCCUCCUCCUUGGCUCCCCCCACAGAACCCUCAGCCAGCCAUGAAGCCAGAGAAAAGGUCCAUGUUAAGCAGGUGUAUGGCUUCGAAGGGUCCACCAGAGAGUCCAUUAAGGCUGGUGGGGGUCCAUCACUGGAGACAAAUUCAGCGAAGUCUGCUAAAAGCACAUUUCACCACCAGGGGGAGACAGCCACAAGCAUGAUUCAUUACAAUGAUGAUGAGUGUGCACUGUGUAAGGAUGGAGGGGAGCUGAUUUGCUGUGACGGCUGUCCUCGAGCUUUUCAUCUGGCUUGCCUUGUCCCUCCACUCACGUCAAUACCAAGUGGCUCUUGGCAGUGUGAGUGGUGCCGUGGACACAGAGUGAAAAAAGAAAAUGCACAACUACCCUUACAAGCACUCUCAGCUCAGCCUCAGCAAACAAACACAGUCGCCAGUAACUCCAUCACCGAUGUCUCAUUCUACUCCUCGCUGCCGUCCUCCCUCACAAGCGUCACGACGACGAUGAAUGCAUCAGGUGGCAGAAACCAGUGCUCAGGCGGAGAGCUGGCCGGCGGAAGGGAGGUGUGUGGUGUUUGUCACCUCGGAGGAGGAGAUUUGACUCACUGCCUUCAGUGUCUGGAGCAUUUCCACGUGCACUGCCACUUUUCCAAAGGGAGGCCUAUCUGCCUGUCCUGCUCCAGACUGUGGGGCAGCUCUGCUGAGAAAGAGGCUGAAUCCAGAGGUGGACAGCUUGCUCCGCUGGUUCAAAACAGACUUGGUCACGAUCAAAGUGCCUCCCUCUCUGAGCCCGUGCUCCAUAAAGAUGAACUGGACUCCAUCCUGGGAGACAGCUCCAUUGAUGGCAUCCUGCAGUGGGCUUUCCACAACAUGUCUCGGCCUCUUCCAGGCUCUCAGGGAUGCUAUCAGUGA